AUGCCACCCGUCGCGAUGCUCCUGUUGGCUGCCCUGCUCUUGGCACAGAGCCUGGCCGGGCCCAGCCGCCCCCCAUCCACGGGUAUGUUUCUACCCCGGGCUGGGGGGCCCCACUGGGGCAGCUCCCCGAGGAAGACCAUUCGCUGGACACUGGGCAGCGUCAGUGCUGUCCUGACUGCAAACGGGGCGCGGCGCACCUCACCGCGAGGGGGGCAGCGCCACCCCCUGCUCUGUGCCCCUUUCUCCCCAUCAGCACCCCAUUUCCCCGCGGCGCCGGGGCCCUGGCUCCGCAGACCCCUUUUCAGUCUGGAGCUGUCGGACAGCCCCGAGGCCUUCCCGCGCCGCGCGGGCCCGCUGGAGGUCCCGGCCGACAGCCGCGUGUUCGUGCAGGCCGCGCUGGCCCGCCCGACCGCGCGCUGGGGCCUGGUGCUGCACCGCUGCUCCGUGACCCCGUCGUCCCGCCCGGCCCUCGGGCCCGCGCUGGCGCUCCUGCGCGGUGUCCCGGCCGACGCCUCGGUCGCCUUCCCGCCGGCCGCCCCGCGAGACCCCGCGCGCUUCAGCUUCCGCCUGCGCCCGGUCUUCAACGCCUCCGUGCAGUUCCUGCACUGCCAGCUCAGCCGCUGCCGCCGCCGUCUCCGGGGAGCCCGCCGUGCGCGCGCGCCCAGCACGUCGCCGGUGCGGGAACGGUGCCAGCCCCAGCAGGACGGGGCGUGCGCGGGGCUCAGCGGCGGGCGGAACCUGAGCGCCGACGGGGACGGUCCCCACCUGCACACGCUGACGCAGCCCAUCGUGGUCACCGUGCCCAGGCCGCCGCCCAGACCCCCCAAGGCCGUCCCGGGCCGAGUCCCGCGUCUCGAGGCCCCCGCGCCAGCCCCGGCGGCCCUGGAGCCCGCCCCGGUGGUGGCCCUGGUGGUGGCCGCCUUCGUGCUGGGGGCCGCGUUGGCCGCCGGCCUCGGUCUCAUCUGCGCGCACUCAGGACCUCCACCUCCUGGUCCGCCUCCCAGAGCCUCGCCCAGCGGCCCCCAGGCCGGGAGGCCUCAGUGA